AUGAAAAAUUCUCCAAAUCCAAUUUAAAUUCCUUAAUAAAUGUUAAUAGAAGUGCACUAAAAGAUUAAAAGACUCAAUUUAAUAUUUGUAGAAAAUACUGAUUUAGAAUUAUAAAUAAAUUAUAUGUCACCUAUAUAUUCUAUUUUAAGAAAGUAAGUUAUUUAAAAAAUCUUAGAAUAAACGAGAGAAGUAAAUUUGAAAUGUUAAAAUAAGUAUCAAAAAAGAAAUAGCUUAGAAGAAAGACUCAAGAUGAAAUAAUUAAUCGAAUAAAUUAAAAACAAAACAAAAAAUGAUCCAAGUGAAUUCUUAGCACAAAAAUGUCACAAUUUAUUUUUAUCUUCAAAAUAAAAAGUGGAAGAAGCAAAAGAAAAAAAAGAAAUAAAUGAAACGAAAAAAAUCAAAAUAAGACGUACAUCUUGA